AUGGAACGCCCCUAUCUAAUCAUAAUUGUCACUGAUGGAUGCCCAACUGGUGAAUCGGAGGAUGAACUACGCGACGCAAUACUAGAGUGCAGCAAAUUCCUUGGGGCAAAAGGCUACAGGAAAGACGCGGUCCGAUUCUGCCUCAGCCAAAUCGGAACGGAUGAUGACGCAAAAGCCUUUAUGAACAAACUGGAUAUGGAUCAUGAAGUUUUGGAGGUGCUUUACAGGACACCCGAACUCAUCGAUGCGAGAUACGAUGAGCUGAGACAUAACAAAGAUGAACUAGAAGAUUGGUUACUCUCCAUGUUGCUGUCUCCAGUGCAGGCCUUGAAUGCUGAAUAA